GCAGCGUCGACAGUGAAGGAGAGGAUCUGUCUGUCUGGACUGAUUGUGGGCAAUAAAGCUACGAUAGAAGCGUCUACAGAGGCGGGAACUUCCCUGCCCGUAUGUCCACCAUGGCGGACAUCAAGAACUUCCUGUAUGCCUGGUGUGGAAAAAAGAAACUGACCCCCAACUACGACAUCCGAGCUGCAGGGAACAAAAACAGGCAGAAGUUUAUGUGUGAGGUCCGUGUUGAUGGCUUCAACUACAUCGGGAUGGGCAACUCCACCAACAAGAAGGACGCUCAGACCAACGCUGCCAGGGACUUCGUUAAUUACCUGGUCCGAAUCGGGGAAAUGAGCACAGCAGAGGUCCCGGCUGUGGGGGUGAGCACUCCAGACGCUGACCAACCUGACAGGGGAGGACGAGGAGGAGACGGUGGGUUCGGAAACCUCCCUUUGAGCGGUCCUCUGCCACCUCACCUUGUAGUCAAAGCUGAGAAAGAGUCCAGCUGCAGUGGGCCGGUACCAGGAGUGACUGGACUCGGUUACUCAGGAGGAGGAGCAGGAGGAGCAGGAGGAGCAGGAGCAGCUCAGUGGGACAGAGGAGCCAACCUGAAGGAGUACUAUGCCAAGAGAGACGAACAGGAAGCACAGGCGACUCUGGAGUCAGAGGAAGUGGACCUCAACGCUAAUCUCCACGGUAACUGGACCCUGGAGAACGCCAAGGCCCGUCUGAACCAGUUCUUCCAAAAGGAGAAAACCAGCGCUGAGUAUAAAUACUGCCAAGUGGGACCAGACCACAACAGGAGCUUCAUAGCAGAGAUGCAGCUGUUUGUGAAGCAGCUCGGCAGAAGGAUCACGGCUCGAGAACACGGUUCCAACAAGAAGCUGGCGGCUCAGUCGUGUGCUCUGUCUCUGAUCCGACAGCUUUACCACCUGGGAGUCAUCGAGGCGUAUUCAGGAGUCACCAAGAAGAAGGAAGGAGAAACCCUGGAGGCGUUCGAGGUCAGCGUGUCUCCGGACCUGCAGCAGCAGCUGGCCAGUUUCAUGCAGGAGCUUGGAGUUAACAUCCCCUCACCUCCUGCAGACCCCAGCAGCUCGGUGUCUCUGGUUCAGGGGAAGAUGGCGACGUUUGAGCCGUCACAGCGUCAGAGCGGAGCCGGGGUCGUGCCCUGGUCGCCUCCGCAGGUCAACUGGAACCCCUGGACCAGCAGCAACAUCGACGAGGGACCGCUGGCCUUUUGCACCCCGGAGCAGAUCAGUGGCGACCUGCACGAUGAGCUGAUGUACCAGCUGGAACAUGACGACGACCUGCAGAAGAUCCUGGCAGACCGUGACCAGCUGCCCGUCAAACGGUUUGAGGAGGAGAUCAUGGACGCCAUCAACAACAACCCCGUGGUGAUCAUCAGAGGAGCGACAGGCUGCGGUAAAACCACUCAGGUUCCUCAGUACAUCCUGGACCGCUUCGUCAAAGGAGGCACAGCGUCUGACUGCAACAUCGUCGUCACCCAGCCCCGGAGGAUCAGCGCCGUGUCGGUGGCCGAGCGAGUCGCCUACGAGAGAGGAGAGGAUCUUGGGAAAAGCUGUGGCUACAGCGUCCGCUUUGAGUCCGUCCUCCCUCGACCCCACGCCAGCAUCCUCUUCUGCACCGUCGGUGUUUUGCUGCGGAAGCUUGAAGCAGGAAUCAGAGGCAUCAGUCACGUUAUCGUCGAUGAGAUUCACGAGAGAGACAUCAAUACGGACUUCCUGAUGGUGGUCCUCAGAGACGUGGUCCAGGCCUACCCAGAGGUCCGAAUCAUCCUCAUGUCGGCCACCAUCGACACCACCAUGUUCAGAGAGUACUUCUUCAGCUGCCCCAUCAUCGAGGUGUUCGGACGCACCUUCCCUGUUCAAGAGUAUUUCCUGGAGGAUUGCAUCCAGAUGACCAACUUCGUCCCUCCGCCGAUGGACCGCAAGAAGAAAGAGAAAGACGAGGAGGGGGGAGAGGAAGAUACGAACUGUAAUGUGAUCUGUGGGCCGGAGUACACGCCGGAAACGAAGCGUUCGAUGGCUCAGAUUAACGAGAAGGAGACGUCCUUCGAGCUGGUGGAGGCUCUUCUGAAGUACAUCGAGACGCUGCAGGUGGCCGGAGCCGUGCUCAUCUUCCUGCCCGGCUGGAACCUCAUCUACUCCAUGCAGAGACACCUGGAGACCAACCCACACUUUGGAAGUAACCGGUACCGGAUCCUGCCGCUCCACUCGCAGAUCCCCCGGGAGGAGCAGAGGAGGGUGUUUGAGCCAGUUCCUGACAGCAUCAGGAAGGUGAUUCUGUCCACCAACAUCGCAGAGACGAGCAUCACCAUCAACGACGUCGUCUACGUCAUCGACUCCUGCAAGCAGAAGGUGAAGCUCUUCACCUCCCACAACAACAUGACCAACUACGCCACCGUCUGGGCCUCCAAGACCAACCUGGAGCAGAGGAAAGGCCGAGCCGGCAGAGUCCGACCUGGAUUCUGCUUCCACCUCUGCAGCCAAGCUCGCUUUGAGAGGCUGGAGACUCACAUGACUCCAGAGAUCUUCAGGACUCCGCUGCACGAAGUCGCUCUGAGCAUCAAACUGCUGAGACUCGGAGCCAUUGGACACUUCCUGUCCAAGGCCAUCGAGCCGCCGCCACUGGACGCCGUCAUCGAGGCGGAACACACACUCAAAGAGCUGGAUGCUCUGGACAGUAAUGAUGAACUGACUCCUCUGGGACGGAUUCUGGCUCGCCUGCCCAUCGAGCCUCGGCUGGGGAAGAUGAUGAUCAUGGGCUGCAUCCUCCAUGUUGGAGAUGCCAUGUGCACCAUCUCGGCCGCUUCCUGUUUCCCGGAGCCUUUCAUCAGUGAGGGGAAACGUCUUGGAUUCGUCCACAGAAACUUUGCGGGCAGCCGCUUCUCCGAUCACGUGGCCCUGCUGUCCGUCUUCCAGGCCUGGGACGACGUCAGGAUUAACGGUGAGGAGGCAGAAAAUCGUUUCUGUGAACACAAACGUCUCAACAUGUCGACUCUGAGGAUGACCUGGGAGGCCAAAGUCCAGCUGAAGGAGAUCCUGGUCAACUCUGGAUUUCCUGAAGAGUGUUUGAUGACUCAGAUGUUCAACACGGUCGGACCGGACAACAACCUGGACGUGGUGGUUUCUCUGCUGACCUUCGGCUCGUACCCGAACGUCUGCUACCACAAAGAGAAGAGGAAGAUCCUGACCACAGAGGGGCGCAACGCCCUCAUCCACAAGUCCUCCGUCAACUGCCCCUUCAGCAGCCACGACAUGACCUACCCCUCCCCGUUCUUCGUCUUCGGCGAGAAGAUCCGAACCAGAGCGAUCUCGGCUAAAGGGAUGACUCUGGUCAGUCCUCUGCAGCUGCUGCUGUUCGCCUGCAAGAAGAUCGUCUCCAGCGGAGACAUCGUGGAGCUGGACGACUGGAUCAAACUGAGGAUUUGUCACGAGGUGGCGGGCGCCAUCGUGGCUCUGCGGGCCGGACUGGAGGCUCUGGUGGUGGAAGUGACCAAAGACCCAGAAUACAUCCGACAGAUGGACCAGACCAACGAACGGCUGCUGAACCUCAUCAGACACGUGUCCAAACCAUCAGCAGCUGGACUCAACAUGAUGAGCAGCAGCCAGAGGAUGGGAGACGGUCCUCGACCUCCGAAGAUGGGACGCUUCGACGGAGGAGGAGGUGGAGGAGGCUACCAGGGGGGAGGAGGAGGAGGCUACAGAGGAGGGGGAGGUUACAGAGGAGGGGGAGGAUAUGCAGGGGGAGGAGGAUACAGGGGAGGAGGAGGGUACAGGGGAGGUGGGGGUUACAGAGGUGGAGGAGGAUACAGAGGAGGGGGAGGAUAUGGAGGUGGAGGAGGAUACAGAGGAGGAUACAGAGGAGGAGGAGGAUAUGGAGGAGGAGGUUAUAGAGGAGGUGGAGGAGGGUUCAGAGGAGGUUAUUAACGUCCGGCUGACAUCACAUGACUUGCUGAGGACGAAUCGAAGUCUCCAUGUUUGGUUUGUGUCUGUGAAUCUUUUUGUAACGAGGUGGAUGUUGGAGCUGAAUCUGAGCAGCUGAUUGGCGGGCGGCGCCUGAUGAACGGAGUCUGUGCUCUGAUUGGUCGGACUUGCUGUCAGUGUCCACAGUAGAUAUUAAAGCUGAUGAAGGAGCUCCGUCAUCUUCAUCACAUGUGUGUGAAUGUGCUGGUGUGGAGUCUCGUGUUUCUCCAGCUGAUGGUUUUCUCACUGUUGUUGGACGUUGACAUGUGGCCAAACGUGACUGUGACUGAAGCUGAGGGUUCGUUUGGGUUCAGAUCCGCUCCAGAAGCGAAGGACUCUGUCACGGGUCGACGCUGCACCCCCCUCCCACCGGAUCUGACUCAACUGAAGAGGAUUCAUAAAGUUUUUCUUCUGCUCACUGUUCUGUUAAACUUUCUGUACGUUUUAAUAAAGAUUCUGUCUUCAAACACAACUUUCUGUUCAUAUACUGAGUCUGUAAAUCUCAUACAAGUAUGACGCACUACACAAU